AGCUGUAGUCGCUUUCCGCAGCCCUCCCUGGGCGGCCAGUUCCGUCCUUUAAGCGGAUCGUGGGACCCUAGAGUGGAGGUUACACGUGGGUUUAGAAGAGUUCGGUUUCCGGGGCGCAUGGAGGCAGCUCCGAAACCGGGCAGCGGGGCUCAUGUUAAGGGCCAAGGCAAGAAACAGAAACCAAGACGAUACUGGGAAGGGGAAAAUGAUGGAGCCCAUCCUCUCCCUGACAAGGGGUCCAAAAGGAAGUGGGAGGACAGGCCCCAGCCCAAGGAUGCCCAGGCACCCAAGAGACCAAAGCAGAAGCAGGAGUUGAAGUCAAAGAAUAACCAGAAGGUUCUGAGGCUAAAACGGAACCAGAAGGAUCUGAGAUCACAACAUAACCUGAAGGAUCGUAACUCAGAUCAGAAGCAGGAGCUGAAGCCAAAUCAGACAUUAUCUGGGGCUCAGGAUCCAUUCCCUGGACCAGCACCAGUCUCAGAGAAUGCUGUAAAGAAGUUCAGAAGAGGUGGUUCUAAAUUUGUGAAGAAGCAACCCCUUAAGCUGGUGACAGUGGAUAAACUCAAGGCAGCUGCCUCUGAAGAGGAGGAAACAAGUGUCCGAGCAGCCCGAGCUGAUCUCUUGCUUUCUGAGGAACCUGGGUUCCUGGAGGGAGAGGAUGGAGAAGACACAGCUACAAUCCACCAGUCUGACAUUGUAGAGGCUGUGGACAUUGCAAGUGCUGCUAAGCAUUUUGACCUGAAUUUGCACCAGUUUGGACCUUACAGACUGAAUUACUCAAGAACUGGAAGACACCUUGCCCUGGGUGGCCGUAGAGGUCAUGUAGCUACAUUUGACUGGAUAACAAAAAAAUUAAUGUGUGAAAUCAAUGUCAUGGAGGCCGUGAGGGACAUACGGUUCUUGCACUCUGAGACAUUGUUUGCAGUUGCUCAGAAACGGUGGCUUCACAUUUAUGACAAUCAAGGGAUUGAGCUCCACUGUGUCCGAAGGUGUGACCGUGUCACUCGACUUGAAUUUCUGCCCUUCCACUUCCUGUUGGCCACUGCUUCAGAGACAGGGUUCCUUACUUACUUGGAUGUGUCUGUUGGCAAGAUCGUCGCAUCCCUGAUGGCUCGGGCUGGCCGACUGGAUGUGAUGACCCAGAAUCCCCACAAUGCUGUCAUCCAUCUUGGUCACAGCAAUGGCACUGUAUCCCUCUGGUGUCCAGCCAUGAAAGAACCAUUGGUUAAAAUUCUCUGUCACCGUGGUGGAGUCCGGGCUGUGGCAGUGGAUUCCUCUGGCACGUACAUGGCAACUUCUGGCCUGGACCAUCAGGUGAAAAUCUUUGACCUUCGAGGAAAAUACCAGCCUCUCACAGCUCGGACACUGCCCCAGGGAGCAGGUCACUUGGCAUUCUCCCAGAGAGGCCUGCUGGCUGGAAGCAUGGGGGAUGUGGUGAACAUAUGGAGGGGACAAGGGCAAGGUGGCUUUCCCUCCCUUGACCAGCCAUAUUUGACCCAUCGGCCCCAUGGCCACAUCCAUAGCCUUCAAUUCUGCCCCUUUGAGGAUGUGCUUGGGGCAGGCCACAGCAGAGGCUUCACCAGCAUCCUGGUACCUGGGGCUGGGGAGCCCAAUUUUGAUGGUCUGGAGAGUAACCCCUAUAGGAGCCGUAAACAACGUCAAGAAUGGGAAGUGAAAGCUCUGAUGGAGAAAAUCCCAGCAGAACUGAUUGACCUGGAUCCUCGGAAUCUGGGUGAAAUUGAUGUCAUCUCUUUGGAGCAGAAAAAGAAGGAGCGAGUAGAGCGACUGGGGUAUGACCCUGAAGCUAAGGCCCCCUUCCAGCCAAAGCAGAAAAAGAAGGGAAGGAGCUCAACAGCAAACUUGGUGAAGAGGAAAACUAAAGUUAAAGACCAGGAACACAGGGAGCAGGUCCGGCAAAGCCUUGAGCAGCAGCAACAGAAAAAGCAGAAAAAACUACAAACCUCCCAAUCUACUGGGCCUCGGCCUUCUGCUUUGGAUAGAUUUAAACGCUAAGGGAAGCCCCAGCUUCCUGGAUCUUGUGUGUUGGGACAGACUCAGACCCUCCUUCUUGCACUCCUGCCCAAAAGGACCUGGACAUCAGAGUUACAGGGACAGUGACGUAUUAAAGAAAAACUGUGUUGUUGA